GGGCAGGGCUUGCCCAUCGGCACCAGCCUCGCGGGGCCCAUGAGCAGUGGCUAGCGGCCAGCAGGGCUCCGUCCAUCUCCCCUGGCUCCUCUCUGGAUUAGCUGCCGCUCCCGGAGCUGCCAUCGCAGAAGAGCUCCAUGGCAGGAUCUUGUGAGAUCAGCAACAUCUUCUCCAACUACAUCAGCGCCAUGUACCAGCCAGACGAGGUGCAGCCAGCCCUGGACGUGCUGGGACACCUUGGGGACGACAGCAGCCUGGGGCUCGGCCUCCCUGCCAGCCAGCCCCCAGCUCAGAGCACAGACAAGCCCGAGUGGUUCAGCGAGCUGCCCUACUUCUGGACCAAGGUGCAGGUGCUGGAGUGGAUCAGUUACCAUGUGGAGAAGAACAAGUACGAUGCCAGCUCCAUCGACUUCUCCUGCUGCAACAUGGACGGGCACGCGCUGUGCCACUGCAGCCGGGAGCAGAUGCGCCUCAUCUUUGGGCCCCUGGGGGACGAGCUCUACGACCGCCUGCACGAGAUCACCUCUGAUGAACUGAAUUGGAUUAUUGACCUGCUGGAAAAAGAGGAUGCGACUUCCCAGCCCUUCCUGAACUCCAGCCACCUGGAGCUGGGAAAUCCCUGCACCAAGGACUCCCUGGAGGACUUAAAGCCCACAAACCCUUUCCUAUCCACAGACUUCACCUGCUUGCCGGGUGCCAUGUCCCCAGGCAGCUCUGAUGUCUCAGGGCCUGUGAUGUCCCACAGCCCCAACUCUCAGGACUCCGGUGGAAGUGACCUCGACCUCGACCCUGCAGAAUCCAAGCUCUUCCCUGAUGACCACUUUCCAGGCAGCAAAAAGGGUGACGGCAAACACGGCAAACGGAAACGGGGCCGGCCCCGAAAGCUCAGCAAGGAGAGCAGAGACUGCCUGGAGAACAGGAAGAGCAAACACUCCCCAAGAGGCACCCACCUGUGGGAGUUUAUCCGGGACAUCCUGAUCCACCCCGAGCUGAACGAGGGGCUCAUGAAGUGGGAGGACCGGCGUGAGGGCGUCUUCAAGUUCCUGCGCUCGGAAGCGGUGGCUCAGCUCUGGGGCCAGAAGAAGAAAAACAGCAGCAUGACCUACGAGAAGCUGAGCAGAGCCAUGCGAUAUUACUACAAACGAGAGAUCUUGGAGAGAGUGGACGGGCGACGGCUGGUGUACAAGUUUGGGAAGAACUCGAGCGGCUGGAAGGAAGAGGAGGUGCUCAACAGGAACAAGGAGCUGUAGGAGUCCUGGACGAGCCAGGGUCUGCCAAGCCCCUCAGGGCCAGCCCUGAGCUGGGCUCCUUGACAGGAAACUUUGCCUGAAGCUGUAUCUGGAAGCUGCUGCCCCGUGCAGCGUGUGGAACUCGCGUGGGCACGCUCGUGUGUGCCGGUGACUGCCAGCACCGAGGGGCUCAGAGCCACAUUUUGGCUCCAGUAGGUUCUUGCCAAACRUGCUUUCCCUUGUUGGAUUCGUACCUGGAGCCACGGGGACUGGGGCUGUUUCAAAGCCUGGACGGAUGCAGAGGGGAAGAGAAGUUGUGCUGUCACCCCACCUCCAGCUGGGCAGCRGAGCAGCACAUUUGUGUCACCCGUGACUGGACAGGGCUUGUCCCAGCUGGGGGGUGUCCCCUGUCACUGCUUGCACCRUGCCCCGUCCUGCUGGCUGCACGUGGGUUGGGUGAGGCCCCCUUUGUGGAGCAGCUUCUCAUCUAUCAGAGAAGAUGACAACAUUGUGGAGCUUCCCCUGGCCCCAGAAAGCCCUCAGUGAGAAGAGGACGUGGGACAGCGUGCUGCAUUUUCCAGCCCAGCUGUCAGGCUGUGGCUGGAGAUGGGCCUUUUCCUCAAAAGUAGCUUCUAAUUUAUGUAAGACCCAAAAAAACAAAGCACAGAGUGAAUGUACAGAUAUAUUUUUUCACGACUGAGAUGUUCCAGUGUGAGAGUGUGUGCUGUGGGGCACACAGGUGUGUGGUGGCAGGUGGUGAUGCUCAGCUGGACUGAAGUGAUGUCACAGGGCACAGACUGGUGCUGUGCCAGCCACGGGAGGGGACGCCAACCCAGCCAGGCACCGGGCAGGUGCAUGUGGUUUCCUCCUUUUCAAAUGGGAAUAUAAGAUGAAUAAAUUGUUGGUUUGU